AUUAACACCAUGCUUCUGGGGAUCCUCGUGGUGCUCUUCUUCAUCCCCACUGCUGAUGUAACAGAAAACAAGAUUUUAGUGGUUCAGCAUCCUUUGCUCGUUGUAACUAACCAAACUGCAACUCUAGUUUGCAACUACACAUACAAUGGGACAGGGAAGGAAUUUCGAGCUUCGCUACACAAAGGAACGGACAGUUCAGUUGAAGUUUGCUUUAUUUCAUGGAACGUAACCAACAUUAGGAGCAAUUCAACUAAAGAAUUCAACUGCCAGGGGGAUCAUGAUAAAGACAAAGUCAUCUUCAAUCUUUGGAACAUGAAUGCCAACCAAACUGACAUCUACUUCUGCAAAAUUGAGGUCAUGUAUCCACCCCCAUACGUCUACAAUGAGAAGAGCAAUGGGACUGUCAUUCAUGUGAAAGAGACACCCAUCCAAAUACAAGAGCCUCAGUCUACAAUUCCUUUGUGGAUUCUGGCAACAGUGACUGGAAUUCUUGCACUCUACAGUAUGCUAAUAACAGCAGGUUUUUUUAACUAUUGGCAGAAAUCCAAGAAGCGUCUGUACCACCAGAGUGACUACAUGAACAUGACUCCCCGGCACCCUCCGUACAAGAACAAGGGUUACCCAUCCUAUGCACCAACGCGGGACUACACCGCCUAUCGGUCCUGGCAGCCCUGA